AUGGUAAGACCUCGUCGAGCACCAGUUCGUACUGAAGCAGAAAUCACUCGUGACGCCAUUACUGAGCUACAAGCCCAGAUGGCUUCCAUCACAAAUGCCCUCCAAGCCAUUAUGGUUCAGCAACCAACACCAGCCGUACGCGAACAUGUUGCUCACGUUAACAAUAACAGAGACGAUGUUGAUAACGAAGAAAACCCGUUUGCAGACGACGUUAAUCCCUUUGCUCCUCUACACACCAACCGUACCCUAGCACCAGAUAACGUACAAAACGUAGCAGCUCAUAUUCAUUGGGAAUCGGGUUUCAAAACCGAGAUACCAGAGUUUCAUGGAAAUUCUUCAGCUGAAGAACUGCUCGAUUGGAUAGUCACGGUAGAAGAAAUCCUAGAAUUCAAACGAGCUCCAAUGGAUCAAUGUGUUCCUGUUUUAACAAUGCGUUUUCGUGGAAGAGCAGCUGCAUGGUGGACACAAUUGAAGACAACUCGUGCACGUCUUGGAAAACCAAAAAUCAUGUCAUGGGAUAAGCUUUCAUCAAAACUUAAGAAAACAUUCUUGCCUUACAAUUAUGACCAGCUUAUGUUUCAGCGUCUCCAUACCAUCCGUCAGGGAAAUCGAUCUGUGGUUGACUACUCCACUGAAUUUUUUUUACUUCUCAAUCGAGUUGAUAUACAAGACUCUGAGCGUCAACUGGUGGCACGGUUUACAGCAGGAUUACGACAACAGAUUCAACACACAAUCAAUCUCUUCCAUCCAUUAACACUGUCAGAAGCACAUCAACAAGCUUUAACUAUUGAGGCGCAAACUAAAUUAUCCUUUUCAUCAUGGUCUACUGUUCGUUCUUCUCGACCAAAUCACAAUCCGACUGCGACAGAUGACGCUGUUUCUGUCAAAGCAGACACACCCAUUGUUCCAGCUCUUGACACUCGGCAAACUCGACCAAACUCAAUUCGUUGCUUUUCUUGUGGAGAUUUAGGUCAUCGACAGUCUAACUGCCCCACUAGAAACAGAAGAGGCCUCCUCCUUGACACUGCUGGUAAUGACGUUGAAGUAAUUUACGAUGAGGAAACUACAGAGCCACAAGAUGAAGUAGAGGUUCUUAAAGCUGAUAGUGGACCAGCAUUAAUGUUGCGACGUUUGUGUUUAGCUCCGCGUGGAACAGAUAUCAACCCUCAACGACAUAAUCUUUUUCAUUCAAAGUGUACUAUUGGAGGCAAGGUGUGCAACUUCAUAAUUGAUUCUGGUAGUAGUGAAAACGUCAUUGCUGAGGAAGUUGUAACCAAACUUCAAUUAUCAACAGAACUACAUCCUAACCCCUACAAGUUGGCAUGGUUGGAUCGGAAUACCGAUGUACUCAUAACUCGACGAGCAUUGAUUUCUUUUUCGGUGGGUGAUUCAUAUAAGGAUCAGAUUCAUUGUGAUAUUGCUCCAAUGGAUGCUUGCCAUCUACUUUUAGGACGUCCUUGGUUAUUUGAUCUUCGAGUACAACACGAUGGCUAUCGUAAUACCUACAGUUUUCGUUACAAUAAUCGCAAUUUCACUCUACAGCCUUCUUUGCCCGAGAAACAACAUACACCAUCAGCUCCAGUCCUUUUCUUGCAGCAAAAGGCUUUUGAACAAACACUUCGAGAAGAAAGAUGUGUUCUAAUAUUGAUCAAUUCGGUUGUCAGAGAGUCUUUGUCGUCACCUCCAGAACAUUUUCAAAGACUAUUGGAAGAGUUUCAGGAUGUUUUUCCUAAUGAGUUACCACCCGGACUUCCUCCCCUCAGAGAUAUUCAACACCAUAUUGAUCUAAUUCCAGAUGCUGUUCUUCCUAAUAGAGCUCAUUAUCGUAUGAGUCCGAGUGAGCAUGAAGAACUUAGACGUCAGGUUGAGGAACUUGUGUUGAAGGGAUAUUUACGUGAAAGCCUGAGUCCGUGUGCAGUCCCAGCUUUGCUUAUACCAAAGAAGGAUGGAUCUUGGAGGAUGUGUGUCGACAGCCAUGCUAUAAAUAAAAUUACAGUACGCUAUAGAUUUCCCAUUCCCCGUCUCGACGAUCUAUUAGAUCAAAUUGGAGCUGCAACGAUUUUCUCUAAACUGGAUCUUCGAAGUGGUUAUCAUCAGAUACGAAUCCUCCCAGGAGAUGAAUGGAAGACGGCUUUUAAAACUCGAGAAGGACUUUUUGAAUGGCUUGUCAUGCCCUUUGUCUUGUCCAAUGCACCAAGCACUUUCAUGCGUGUUAUGAAUCAAUCUCUUCGGCCCUUCAUAGGUAAGUUUGUAGUUGUUUAUUUUGAUGAUAUUCUCAUAUUUAUUAAGUCCUUCACAGAACAUCUUGCACAUUUAAGAGAAGUACUUCUUGUUCUCCCUCGAGAUCAACUAUUUGCCACACUAAAGAAGUAUGAGUUCGGCUCUCCUGAGGUUCACUUCCUUGGAUACAUCGUCUCAGCAAAAGGUCUAGCCGUCGAUCCGAGCAAGGUAGAAGCAAUCAAAUCUUGGCCUACUCCUACUACUUUAUCUGAAACUCGAAGUUUUCAUGGUCUAGCAUCUUUUUAUCGAAGAUUUGUGCCGCAAUUUAGCAGUUUGAUGGCACCUAUCACUGAUUGUAUUCGUCAUGAUAGUGUCUUCACUUGGACUACCGAAGCAACUACAGCUUUUGAGAUCAUUAAAACGAAAUUGUUAUCAGCACCUAUACUAGCUCUUCCAGAUUUUACUCAAGUUUUUGAACUUCAUAGUGAUGCUUCUAAGUUGGGCAUUGGUGCUGUCUUGAGCCAACGCAACAGACCUAUCACCUUCUUCAGUGAAAAACUGGCUGGAGCUCGUCUACGUUAUAGUACUUACGAUGUGGAAUUUUAUGCAGUGGUUCAAGCAAUCAAACACUGGAGACAUUAUCUUUUCCAUAAAGAAUUUGUUCUCUACACAGAUCAUGAUGCUUUAAAACACCUGAACAGUCAAGAUAAAAUCUCAGCUCGUCACGCAUCAUGGAUAUCUUACUUGCAACAAUUUACGUUUGUUAUCAAACACACGUCAGGUGUUUCCAAUCGAGUUGCUGAUGCCCUGAGUCGUCGCCAUUCUUUGCUGAGUGUUCUUCAUGUCUCAGUUCCGGGAUUUUCCACCUUUGCUGAUUUGUAUGAGUCUGAUGACUUCUUUGGUCGAGUUCUUCUUGACGUUCAGAAUGGUCUUCCUCGAGAUUUUACUAUGCACGAUGGCUUUCUUUUUCGAGACAGUCGUCUUUGCAUUCCAGACUGA